AUGAAGAAUAAACAGCGUAAUAAGAAGGUUGGAUUCGAUAAUUGUAAUUAUGAAUCACAAGAAAAUGAAAUGAGCAUGAAUCCAUCUUAUUUCAGUGAUGCAUAUGAUUCAUUCUUAAAUGAUAUACAACAAGUGAAACAAAGAAACAAUUUCUCCAACAUACACAUAUUACUGAAUCAAAAUGUAAGUAACACAAAUGCUGAGGGGAAAAAUGAUAGACGCAAAUUUUUCAAUGCAUAUCAAAAUGAAACAGAAUACAGUGGUGAGGAAAAAGACAGGAUGUCAGUGGAAGAGAAGCAAAUAGAACUUGAUGAAAAAGAAGAAGAUGAGGUGUCAUGGCUACUUAAUACUGAAGAAAUCCUAGAAGAUGAUGAAAUAACUGAAAGAGAGUCAGUUUCAGACGAAGACAGAGCCAGUGAAGUGGAAAAAGAUGUGGGAGAAGGAAAGGAAAGGGAAAAUUUACUACAAAAUCGACAGUCCGAGUUUAGCGCAGAAGAUAGACGACAAAUAAACUUAGUUUUACGUCAACUUGAGCGACCACCAUGCAUAUUAAUGCCGUUAUACUAUUUAUGCCGGUCAUGUUGUAGUACUCUGAGAAAAUACCGCAUUGAAAUUCGACUUCGUAAAAAGCAAUGGGAUCCACUGUUAAAAUCAGAACGGAUUUAUGUAAAAAAUGCUAUCGGUUUAAUAUGUGGCAUUACUUUGGGCUUUAUGAUGUAUUUCCUGUUCCUAGUAACUUUUUCACGACAUCCAUACUUGUCAACUAUAUUAAGUGCUUACAUUAUGCUGGUGAGUGUAUUUGGUCUAGCAUUUUCAAGAGAUUUUCAAUGCAUAGCUCUACUAGUACUUCCGUAUUUAACUGCCUCACGAGUUCGUUGGUUAAUUGUCUUCUAUACAACAGGUGUGUCAGUCACUGGACCCGGUUUAAAUUUUCUACACAAUUCCGGAAAUUUUCGUAAUUCCAUCGCUUGUGUUAUUGCUCAAGUGAAUACAAAUAUGAUGAUAUUGAAGAAGUUAACUCAAGCACCAUUUGCUCUGUUAAAAAAUCAACUGGAAAAUUUAAUUGAUAGUAUUAAUACAAUUGUUGAACGAUUUAGACAAACACUAUCUAAAGUUAAUUUCUCUUUAAUUCGUCUAACUAAUGUUAUGGAAAGUCAAGCUAGUUGGGUACACUCAUUAAUUGUUGCCUGUGAUGAUAGUGUUGCCUUAAUUAACCAGUGUUUAGCCUUUUUCAAUAAUAUUUACUUUAGUUGCAGGAAUGCUUUUGGUUUUUUAAGUGGUCUGUGUAAGUUUGUGAGAUUUUUCGCCAAAGAUACCUGUGUUUCAUCGGAUAUUUUCACAGAAUUGUGUAAAAAACAAGGUGCAGUGCUUGAAGACACCUUAAAUAUUACAUCAAAAGCUGAGUUGACAAAUCAAAUCCAUGGUAUACUCAAUGUUAUCGGUAGAAAGAAUUUAACACUGUCAGGGAAUUUAAGCCAGAUACAAGAAAUCACAUUUUCUAGUGAUCAUACAAUAUCUAAUAAAUUACAACAAAGAAUGGAUAGUUUUAUUCAGACUGUUGAUGCAGUCAAAUAUAUUGUCUCAUGGGUUAUGGUUGCAUGGACAUUAAUCACUAUGAUGGCGUUAUUUAUUCAAGCAAUAUUAUUUCGAAGAUCUUGGUUAAAUAAUGAAGCUUAUAAUAAUGUAUACAUAACUAGUGCAUUUAUUGAACAAGAAAAAGAAGCUAUCCGAAAAGGUUUGGUUCCAACUGUUCCAUUGGUUCGUAAAGAGAAAAAGAUCUACAAAAAGUUAUCCAGCAUAAGUUGGACUUUAUCAGAGAAGCAUACAGCAAUGCUGGCUAGUAUAAUGCUGAUUAUUUGGAGUUCUUCAAUAAUCCUGGUGAUGGUAACUGAUUAUACAAUGUAUACAGUUACUGAUAUUGUCAUACCAUUGUUUUCACAUGAUUUUUCAAAAUAUGGAUCAGGAAGUGAUACAGAAGAAGGUUCACGAAUAGAAGAUGAUGAAAAUUAUAAACUGCAUAUUGAUGGUGAUUCAUCAUUUGCAAAUAUUAUCCAAUCAUUAACUGGUAUGCUGAAUCCAUUAAAGGAUGUUGCGCUGAAUAUAGAUGCAACAAUUUGCCGACCAACACCGAAUCCACCAGAUUUUAAUACAUACGUUGAGAUUAUUUUAUUGUUAUUAUUAGCAUUUAUAAGUGUUAUCCUUCAGGUAUACAUUAUGCGAUUGCGUCAUACUAUAAUGAUAUGGUAUUAUCCAAAGAAAGCUGUACAUCGUGCAGCAUGGCUUCGUACACACAUAAAAAAUAAUCGUGGUCUUUAUCAUCGUAUUAUACACAAAUUUAAAACAUUGGAUAUCAAACGAAAUCGUAGAGCACAGAAUAUAUCAUAUCUUGGAAGAUAUUUAAGUCGUCAUCGGCGUAUAGCAAAUUUACUUCGACUGUUUGGUAUACAACGGAUAAUGUGUGUAUUUUGUGGUAGUGAUGGCAAUCCAUCGAAAAAGAGUGAAUUCGAAGAGAAAUUUAUACGUUGUGAUGAUUGUGGUGCUUAUUAUUGUCGUGCAUGUCAGGUAAUCUUAAAUCAUAUGUGUUUACUGUGCCGUUCACCGUUAUUUUCAAUGGCUGUUGAAGUUGAUUUCGAGGAGUAUUCAACAGAUGAAGAAUUUGAAGCUAUCAAUACACGAUAUUUACGAUUAUCUGAGCAGGCGACAACAAUAUCAUCAAAUAAAUCAGAUCAUAGGAGGAGUAGAAUUUCUGUGACUCGUCCGGACAUGUGA